AUUAGACUGCUGAGGGUGAUUUACAGCCUUCAGAAAAGAAGCAGACCUACACACGACAAAAAUCUACACUGCAUGCUCGAGCACCAUGAUCAAAGUGAUGAGUUUCUGCGCUGGCCUGAAGACACGGCAUGUUUCCAUCAUCUGCUUCGCUUUGGCAGUCAGCGCUGUCGUCUGUGAAGGUAUGGAGCUGAAGACCGCUCCUCUGAAAGUGGCACGGUGUGGAGAAAAUGUGACACUGACAUGUGAGGCCACCAUCAAGAAAUCAGAUAUUGUCUUAUUAUCUUUUGCCUGGGGUGAAAAUAAAACAUGUAAAUGUGAAGACAGCCAAACUAACCCUGAGGUUCAGUGUGAAAGCACAGAUGAGUCUCCCCACCACAGACUGAAUCUGACUCUCAUCAACGUGAUGCCCGUCAAUCAGGGGAACUACACCUGCAAACUACGCUCCACAAAGGGGGUAAAGGCUGACAAAACUCAUGUUGCAGUAAAAGAAUGCCUUGGAAGUUCUAAUUCGUCCACCAACCAGUCUGAUGUUACGUGCUGGUUCGAUGGAGUUUACCCCAUUGGCAUCAUCCACUGGUUCCGGGGAGAUGUUAACUUAACGGACUCUACCACCACACGAAAAGAACAGGACCAAUAUGGACGGUACAAUGUCUCGAGCACAAUAGGUGUGCAGGAAAGAAACCUGAACCAGUCGUAUAGAUGCUCACUGUGGAUACCUUCGGACGGGAAGUAUCUCUUUAGUCAUGACACACGUGUCUCUCUAGGCAUGACACGGCAGGCAUCAGGAAGCGCGAACAGACUGCAGUGUAUCUGGAUCAUGGUGGAAAUCAUGAUGGUGAAAUUCAUAUUAUAAAGGAACCAAACAAAUUCAGGUUUUUACCUGAACAUUUGUUUCCGGUUUUGUCCAACCUAAUGCACGCUGUUUGUAAAAGGCAUACAAAGCUGCCACUGAGUGGGUAAGUUUUGUUUUCAACAUACUCUGCAUCUGUCCUCUCUGGAAAGGUUCUCGCUCCAAAAAUUGAAUAUUUCACUGAUUAAUAAAUACUUCACUGGAAAGGAGGAAGUCAGCCAAUUAUUUUAGUAAAAAAAAUCUGAAAAUGUAUUUUGGCACCCGUGUCAAAGAUGUUUGAAAACACACUUCACACCUGAUGGCAGCACAACAUUCAUCAUAUCAUUUAAAUCUUUUCUACAGAAGCUUACUAAUGACAGUUGUACAGUUUUCCUGAAAAUAAGCUUUGCAGAUAGAGUAUUUCUGUUUUCAAAUUUCAUUUUCAAUCAUGUUUAACUAGUAGUUUAACCCCUUAACCGGGAAAUAACUUUUUUAAACCUUUACUUUUAGCUGCCAGAGGGAGGCAGUCUUCCCAUGCAAGAAUAAGAGAAGCAGAUUUACUGCUUUCAGAUACAUCUUGUAUAUUGUAAAUUUAUUGCAAAAGCACCAAAGGACUACAGUAAAGGAGAAAACAUGAUUCAUGUGCAUGGCUUACAGUACCUGAAGGUCAAAAUAUGAUGUAACAAGAAAUCUUUUUUUCCUUUUAACCUGUAUGAGAAAAGAUGUUUUAAGACAGUUUUUUAUUCAUAUUUAGCUCAUGUGACUUUAGUGGACGCUAAUCUGAAAUAUACCACCGAUGAUGCAAAUCUUGUCUACAUAAAAUGUUGUUGAAGAAUGUUUUUAUAUGUUCUUUGUGAAGUAAAAGUGUGAAAUGUGAUACAUUUCAAAGCAGGU